UGCAGUCCCUAUCAUUAAGCAAUAAUAGUUUACUUUACAGCUCAUGAACUACAGUAUCAACAAAUUAAGCCGUCUGAUGGCGUUGGGUGCCAAGUAAAGUACGGAGGGUGGAGGGAGAAUGCAAGACUUUAUUGUGUCUGUCACAUUUCGCGACAUUGCAACCACUCUCGGAGUAAUGAAGACCACUUCUAAAGUCAUUUAAAAGUCAAAUCAUGGGUGUCUGUGAAUUUCAAUGAUAUAUAUUAGAAAGGAGCAUGCCAGGGGCUCGAGAGGCGGGUGAGAGCCGAGGUAGGGCAGCGGGUGUCAGGAGUCAGGAGGUUGCUCUCCUCUCUGAAGACACAGAGGUGAUAGAUGGAGCUACAAGGCUGGAACAGCUCCAGGGAGAAGAGUGCAAAUGCAGGACAGCGAGGUGUUUUUAGCAGGAGCCGACAUGCUUUUUAAUGUGUUUGUGUAACAAACGUGCAGCCGCGAGUGUUGUGUGCGCUGUCGUCCGGCAGGUCGACGAGGCCGAGGCCGUGGAAGUGCAGGUGGAGGACUCCCGAGUGUGGGUUCCUGCCGAGGAGCCCGUCGUUAACCCGGACUUCCUGCUCGACUCCAAGAUCUGGGAGAUUUGCCAGCAGAUGCCCAUCCACUGGAUCCAUCCCUCCCCCAUGACUGACGGCGAGGCUCAGGAUGUGGACACGCCCGACGCAGAGGUCACAGGUCAGCGUUUCGCCCGGGACGUCCUGGACCACGCUCCAGUGAACGAUUACAGGGAGGUCGGUAUCGAGCUGGAUAACCGUCUGGACGAGCGCGGCUACUGCUGCCAGUACUGCCGCCGCGGCUACCGCUUCUGCCGCCGCUACUUCGAGCCCCUGGGCGGCUUCAACCCGUGGCCGUACUACUACCAAGGAGGCCGGGUCAUCUGCCAGGUCGUGAUGCCGUGUGACUGGUGGGUCGCUCGCAUGCUGGGGAGGAUCUGAAGCUGAAUGUUAACUGUUUCUGGAUCUGAGAAAUAUUCCAGACCUCAUUUGUGGAAAAAGAGCAUUUCGUAUUCAUUGAUUAUAUUCUCAAAGGCAUCAUUAACUGCCUCAUGUUGUAUACUAGCGAAUGAAAUCAAUGUAGGUCCUUCUUCUUUUUUAAAGCUUUCACUUUUACUUUAUGUUCUA